CCCAUACAAAUGGAGAACCCCUAUAAAGAGCCUCCUAAAAAAUGUGUCUUAUGUGGAAUAAAUGUGGACUACAAGAAUGUGCAGCUUCUUUCUCAGUUUGUUUCUCCUCAUACUGGCUGCAUUUAUGGCAGGCAUAUAACAGGCUUGUGCAACAAGAAGCAGAAGGAAAUUACAAAAGCCAUUAAAAGAGCUCAUGUGCUUGGAUUUAUGCCAGUUAUGUUUAAGAACCCAUCAUUUCUCACAGACCCCAAGAUAUGUAAUGUCAAGUAUCCAGAGUAA